AUGAAUUUCGAAGACGUAUCUCGAAAGCUCGAUGCUAUGAAGAUCGUCGCUCUUUACAGAGUCCGCGGAGGCACAGCGAAGGGUAGGAGUCGCAAGAUUCGUGACUUGUCCCGUGCCUUUUACACGUCCGCCACCCAGGAAGAAGGCAUCGAGUCUGCCGUAUGGCUGUACGAAGAUCAUGAUGCCGCGCCAAAUAUCGAUUGGACCGAGAUUCACGACAUUACCGAGCUCGGCACAAAGGCGGGCAGUGGCCGCGCCCAGAUCAUCACUCUCCCCGAUCCAUUCGACCCCAGCUACACAACCUACAAGGUCAGCGCGGAGGAGCUCGUUAUAACCUUGCAUCCCCCAUUCGGAAAAAGCCUAUGGGGUUUGACCGACAAGAAAGGCUUGGAGUCAUUGCAGUGGAUUUUGGAUGGUCACGCGCGGCGCGUAUGCGUGGUGAACUGGUGUGCGGGAAAAGUUGAUGCGACUUGCCUCCCGCACCUGCCCGAGAAGAUCAAGGAAUUGAAGUUGUGUGGAAUGCCGAGGUUCCUCGCCGAUCCCGUGCCGUGGAACCCUUGCAACCAUCAUCACUGGAUUCACGAAUUUGUGGAGAAACUGCAAGCACUGCAGAAACUGACUCUUUCUGGGUGUGGCUACCGUUCUGAUGAUCUGCCACCUCUCAGGAACUGGAUAGAUUCAUUGGAGAUCAACGUCGAAAAGGAAGCGAAGUAG